AUGGAAGCAGAAAUUGACGGGUGGAUCGAGCAACUAUCUCAGUGCAAACAACUAUCGGAGCAAGACGUAAAACGACUCUGUGAAAAGACGAGGGAGAUUUUGAUGGAAGAGUCGAAUGUACAACCUGUAAGAUGUCCGGUCACUGUAUGUGGAGAUAUACAUGGUCAAUUUCACGACCUCUCAGAGCUCUUCCGAAUCGGAGGGAACUCACCUGACACAAAUUACCUAUUUAUGGGCGAUUAUGUUGAUCGUGGAUACUACUCAGUGGAAACUGUAACGUUACUUGUGGCCAUGAAGCUGCGUUUCCGCGACCGAGUCACCAUCUUACGAGGAAACCACGAGUCAAGACAAAUUACUCAAGUUUAUGGAUUUUACGACGAGUGUUUGCGAAAAUACGGGAAUGCCAACGUCUGGCGAUUCUUUACCGAUCUCUUCGAUUAUCUUCCCCUCACUGCCCUGAUUGACAAUCAAAUAUUCUGCUUACAUGGUGGUCUCUCCCCAUCUAUUGAUACCCUAGACCACGUUCGCUCCAUUGACCGGGUGCAAGAAGUACCCCAUGAAGGACCUAUGUGCGAUCUCCUCUGGUCCGACCCCGAUGACCGUUGUGGAUGGGGCAUCUCGCCUCGUGGGGCAGGUUAUACCUUCGGUCAAGACAUAUCCGAGGCUUUCAAUCACAACAAUGGACUCACUCUUGUUGCUCGAGCCCAUCAGUUGGUCAUGGAGGGCUACAGCUGGGGGCAAGAUAGAAAUGUAGUGACUAUCUUCAGUGCACCGAAUUAUUGUUAUAGAUGUGGGAACCAAGCAGCGAUCAUGGAGAUAGAUGAGAAAUUAUCUUACAGUUUCCUUCAAUUCGAUCCUGCUCCACGAGCAGGAGAGCCUCUCGUGUCAAGGCGUGUACCGGAUUAUUUCCUCUGAUUACCUACACAAGAAUAUAUACAGAGUUUCCUUACAUUCACCCUCCGUGGAGAGACACCCAUAUACUUAUCUCACAAGACCGUCAGAACCGAGCACGAU